AUGCAGCAAGAUAUUGUUGUCGGAAUUGCGGCCACUGUGGUAUCGGCGAUCACUUACGGCUCAACUUGGGUCCCAGUACGAUGGUUUGACACAGGCGAUGGUCUCUACUUUCAAUGGCUUAUGUGUAUUGGUCAAACGUUAUUUGGUACAGUCGUACUGGGACUCUCAUCUUGGCCGCCUGUGUUCCCACUGGCAAUGUUGUCAGGAGUAUUUUUUGCCGUUGGGAAUGCACUAACAAUCUAUAUUAUGGACGGAAUUGGUAUGGCUGUCGGAUCAUUACUAUGGAAUACGAUAACAUGCGUGGUAGGAUGGGCUGUAACACGAUUCGGUCUUCUCUGGAAUCCUCAACAACUUCCUCGUGAUAAUAUUUUGAAUUUUUUUGGAGUUGUUGUCGUUUGUGCUGGAGGAUGCUUUUUCGCCACGAUAAAGCAUCAUCCAAUGCCUGUUCGACCUGCACCAUGGCAAAGAAAGACGGACAAAAGUUUGUCAUUUAAAGACAACACAAAAGUAGUCUCCACUUCGAAGAGAAUAACAGCAACACUACUCACAUUAUUCGUUGGUUCAUUAUACGGUAAUAUGCUUACACCUAUAAAUUAUUUGGUUGCGCACAGUUCGGAAACGGGGAACCCAGCUAACGUCUCAUCGUAUUUCUUCUCGUUUUGUAUCGGUGCUUUGCUAACAUCGACCAUAAUUUUUAUGAUCUACUCAGCUGUAAAAUUGAACCGCCCACUAAUCAAUCCUGAAAUAACUCUGCCUUCUCUCACUUCUGGCCUCAUCUAUUCCGUUGCCACCUAUUGCUUCUUCCUUGCAAAUCAACACCUGGAUCAGACGAUUGCUUACCCGAUCCUAUCAAAGGCGCCUGGAAUUGUUGUAUCGCUUUGGGCAGUUUUCCUCUUCAAUGAAAUAAAAGGCUGCAGAGAUUUGACUACUUUGGUUGCAGGAAUAUGUACGACAAUGAGCGGGAUUGCUUUGAUAUCAGCUUCGAAAAUUCACUUCUAA